CCCACACGCCACAGCUGAGAAAAACCGUGUUGCCAAUUGACUUGCCAAUGCAGUGUCUCUGUCGCUAGAUUACAGUCAAACGGUAAGAUUGACUAGUGCCAGGAAGGGCGAAUUGUACAGUGGCUUGAUUUCUUUGGUAUUGAUCUCUUAGAAAAAAGGAGCCUUUCAGAAUAAUUUGGCCAUGUUCGACAUGACGUGGCUUGGUGCUAUCUUGCUCGGAGCUGGCUGCUUUGCUAUUGGGUAUAUCACUCGUGCACGUCAUUCUGCUAGCCUUUUUCUCUCAAGCAAAGUUUCUGGAAAGGCUGAAAUAGCUGUUGAUGGGAAGAAAAAAAAGGUGGCACAACCUCUUGAGAUUGAUAAACUCGCUGACAUUCUUAAGGACUUCAAGAUGGUUUUGGUUGUAAGAAAUGACUUAAAGAUGGGGAAAGGAAAGAUUGCUGCACAAUGCAGCCAUGCAACUUUGGGUCUCUACAAGAAGCUAUGUAAUCGGGCUCCUAAAGCUCUGGAAAGGUGGGAGAUGUGUGGGCAGGUUAAGGUUGUUGUCAAAAUUGAAAGUGAAGAUGAUAUGCUGGUUUUACAAGAAAGGGCAAAAUUAAUUAAGUUACCAACACAUAUAACCAUUGAUGCUGGGAGAACACAGAUUGCACCAAAUUCAAGGACAGUGAUGGCGAUUCUUGGACCCUCGGAUAUGGUGGAUGAUGUUACGGGUGGACUGAAGUUGUUGUAGUGACGAAAUCAGUUUUCCUUUUCUGAAGCAAGACUCACAAAAUUUGUACAAAAAAGUAACGGAACAUUCAUUGUGGAUUUCAGUAUUGAUAAUGACGAAAUGUCUCCAAUCUUCUUCAGUCAAGUGCAGUUGUAUUCCAUUGCGUAGACUUCAAGUAGAGAUGAAUAACUUUAUACUGACAUUCCUGUCAUAAGUGUCCUCCUUAACCUGUUAUGUUGUAGUACCAUUACUUUGUUCCGAACCAACAGAAAUACACUUUCCCUUUUUAUUGGUAUGCUGAAUCCAAUGAGUCUCAGUAAGAGACUAAGAGUUACAAUUAGGAAAUAGCGUGACGGCACUAAAAUGGAGUGUAUUGACCUUUAUUUCAAUUUGGUGGUUUACGACUAGUUAUAUGUUGAGAGCUUUUAAGUCUUUCACGAA